AUGACCAUCGACUGCGUCACCGAGAAGACCGUCACGGUAGGCUGCACGUGCGCGAACCCACCGAUGACGGUGUUCCAGUCGUGGGGAUGCGAAAAAGGGUGUGAUGCGUUGCCGGGCGGGUGUAAGACGUUAUAUAAGGUUGUGUCGGAGGCCGGAGGGUGUUCGGGUUCGGAGGAUAAUGGGGUGGGUGCGACAAUAACAACAACAAAAACAACAACAACAGGGGGUGGAUUUGGGAACGGAACGUCGAGCGCGGUUCUUUCGAUCUCGAGCGGUCAACCUAUUGGACCUAUUCAACCUUCGGUUUCGGGCCUGAUUAGCACUAAUGCUGCUGGACGGCGGACAAUGCCUUUUAUCAGGUUUUGGUGA